AUGCCGUUUACGAGACGGAAGAAAACCGUGGAGCAAAACCAGAGUGACUUCUUCGCAAAGUUACCAACGGAAUUGCGAUUGAAGAUCUACGGCAUGGUAUUUCGCGAUAUUGAGAACAUUCUUGUGGAUGCAGAUGAUGGCGCACAGGAUGAUAUGUUCAAGUUCAGCGCCGACCCUGGACGCUCAACAGGCAUUCUACGUACCUGCCGCAGAAUCUACCGCGAAGCAGUCAACUUGCUAUACUCUGAGAUCGACUUCACCUUCACAAGUUAUAGACGUUUCAUCCUCUUCACUCGCUCGAUCCCACAACCACGCUUAGCUAGCAUCAAGCGCAUCACCAUCGGGCAUAUCUAUCCGAGCUGGACUCCUUUAGUCACAACCGAAGAGGAGCGUUACCGCCUUAGCUACGAAUACGACGACUUUUUCACCGCUAUCAGGUUGUUGCCCAGACUCGAAUUCCUCGACCUACACUUUAGGGCAGAUACUUGGCAUGUUCAUCCCUAUAAGCGCCUGGACAAUAUUGAAUUGUUGGAUGAGAUUGAGCAAAGGUGGGAUAGGGUUGGCGUUGAAGUAUGGUAUAUCAUACGUGGGUCUCCGCUGGAAUUAGAGAGGUUACGGGAAUGGGAGUAUGAUAGGAAGAAGGAUAGAAUAUCUUGGGCGAGGUGGAAGAUCCAUCGUUACCAGCACACCAGAUUGUUUUGA